GCAGCCGACGACGAUCCCUCGGUGACACUCACGAACUGCUUUCCCAGCGUUGUACUCAAUCCUUCCAACAUCCCAUACACCUGCGAAGUUGACGAUGCCCAAACAUUGAUUGACUUGAACCUCACUGCCUCGUACUACACCUCAGUUAUCAUUCGUGGCUGGCCGGCGACUCUGGAUGCGAAAGCCAAUACCAUUACAUUCAUGCCUAAUAGUGGGGCGCCAUCAGGACGUUGGGACUUGGCCAUUACAACGUUUUCUGACGAUGGAAACUCUGACACUCCUCUGACGACCAAUAAGAGCAUGGACUUCAUGAUGCUUAGUGACAGCAAUGCGGAUUUUACUACACUCUAUCCGUAUUACGGUAUGGGCGUGUCGUUUGCACCUAAUCUUCCGAGUGGCACCACGGCUUCCGAUUACAUGCUGGUCCGCUCUUUCAAUGACUGCCAGUACACCACUACAACCUGCACUGACUCUGUUGGGUGCUACAGAAUGCUGCCACCCGCUCAUCUUCCCCCUCCAGGCGAAUACAGGCUCUGUGUGACGUCAAAUGACUGGCAGUCCCAAUACCUUCCGUGGGAUUUGAACCCUCUUGAGGUGAAGCUGCUGUUCGCCACGCCGCUGUACUUGACAGCUGGUAAGGACAGAAAUGUCGUGCUGCAGGGUGCGGAAUCUGUGGUCAGUCAACUGAACCGUGUGUUCCUGGUGCGGUGCCCUGGCAACGACUGCCCCCGUGUGACUACUGGCAGUGGGGAAGAUGUGGUCCACCGCGAUGCGUGUGCUAACACCUCCGUCUCAUCGCGGGUGUACCUGUCCGACCUCCGUGUGCUCUCUGCAGCACCUGGUGUGUACGCUGUGUGCGUCAAUGUUGGUGGUGAUGGAGAGUACACUGCUCCCGCUGCGCUGCCGGUGACGGUGCUGGAGAAACCCUUUGCCUUCAGGAUAACUGCUGACACGGACCGGAACACUGCUAAGAUUGGUGUUAGUGGUGGCGACCUCGAGUGGCGCAGAGAGCCGUACACUGUGUGCGCUGUGUCACGGAAUGCCAAAUGCGAUUCCGUGUCUGCGGGGCCUCGUGUGUGUGAGAAGAGUGAGACCCCACAGUCAUCGUCUGUGUUUCUGGAUCUCGCCAGCAGGGGAAUGCCUGUUCAGGAUGUGAAGUU